UGUGUGCUGCUGCUGUCUGCACUGACUGUUUCUGCAGUCUAUCUGUCUGCCAGUCCUAACUUUCAGCAGUUCUUCAGUGGACCCACAUCUGUGUCUUUGGGCUGCGUUGAUGAUGAGGAUGGACAGGACGUUGAUGGAUGGACGGUGAGGAGGACCAGAGGAGGACUCACUGAGGACUGUGGAGCAGCUGAAGACUUUGUGAUGAUUGACAGUUUGUGUCUUCUGGAUCGUAACUCGUCCUACAGUGGAAACUUCUGGUGUGAAAGCUUAUCUGGAGAGAAAAGUGAUGAAGUUACCAUCAGCGUGUCCAGUACAGAAAAAAAAGGUGUGAUCAUGGAGAUCCCUGUACUUCCUGUGAGACCAGGAACUGGUGUCAUUCUACAAUGCAAGAAGAAGAACGGUGAAACAGUUCCAUCUUAUUUCUUCAUGAAUGGACGUCUGGUUGGACCUGGAUCUACAUCCGAGUACAACAUCAGAAGAGCCCAGUACUCUGAUGAAGGUCUCUACUGGUGUGCUACUGAUACGUUUGGAGAAUCUCCUCAGAGCUUUCUGAGGGUCAGAGGUCACUAA